AUGACAGAUAAUGAGGACCCCAAGAAAGAGAAGAAAAGCAAAGGGACGAGCAAAGAGGUGUGUGGUUACCCCCUCAGCAUCUUCUUCAUUAUUGUGAAUGAGUUCUGCGAGAGGUUCUCCUACUAUGGCAUGCGAGCUGUCCUGGUGCUGUACUUCAAGUACUUCUUUCACUGGGACGAUGACAUGGCCACCUCCACCUACCACAUCUUUGUGGCUCUCUGCUACCUGACCCCUAUCCUCGGGGCCAUUGUGGCUGACUCCUGGCUGGGAAAGUUUAAGACUAUCAUCUACUUGUCAAUUGUCUAUGCGAUCGGCCAGGUUACGUUGGCAGUCAGUGCAGUCCAUGACAUCACUGACGGAGACAGAAAUGGGGUACCAGACAACAUGACCUUUCAUAUUGUGUUGUCCAUGGUGGGACUCUUCCUCAUCGCUCUGGGCACAGGCGGCAUCAAACCUUGUGUUGCUGCCUUUGGUGGAGACCAAUUCGGUGACCAUCAGGAAAGGCAAAGGAGAACUUUCUUCUCUGUAUUCUACCUGUGCAUUAAUGGUGGGAGUCUCCUGUCAACCAUUAUCACUCCAAUCCUGAGAGCUCAAGAGUGUGGCAUCUACAGUAAGCAGAAGUGUUAUUCUCUGGCCUUCGGUGUCCCUGCAGCACUAAUGGUGGUUGCGCUUGUGGUGUUUAUCAUUGGAAGUGGUAUGUACUAUAAAGCUGAACCACAGGGAAACAUCAUGCUGGAUGUGUGUAAAUGCAUCGGGUUUGCCAUUAAAAACCGCUUCAAACACAGAAGCAAGCAAUUCCCAAAGAGGCAGCACUGGAUGGACUGGUCAGAAGAAAAAUAUGAUAAACUCCUCAUUGCUCAAAUCAAAAUGGUGCUGAAGGUCCUCUUUUUAUACAUCCCACUCCCAAUGUUCUGGACCCUGUUUGACCAAAAGGGUUCUAGAUGGACCCUGCAAGCCACAAACAUGGAUGGAAACUUUGGGCUCCUUGUUAUACAGCCUGAUCAGAUGCAGACUGUCAACCCCAUCCUGAUCCUGACUCUGGUGCCUAUCAUGGAGAGCGUAAUCUACCCCCUGAUCAAAAAAUGUGGCCUGAACUUUACACCUCUGAGAAGAAUGACAGUGGGGAUGAUUAUGGCAGCUAUAGCUUUUGUCUGCGCUGCUUUGGUUCAGCUUCAAAUUGAUAAAACAUUACCCACCUUCCCAUCAGCCUCCCAGAGUCAGUUGAAAUUACUAAACAUGGGCAGCAAUCCAGUGACAGUUAAGCUUCCUGACAACGAUCCUCUGGUGCUUCCUGCAGCUCAGGCCAGUGAUCAAUUCUUCACAUUUGAAGCAGAAAGUGUCAGCAUUUCAAUAGGCAGCAUGACGAAAACUAUUACCUUGGCCAAAGGACGGCGACAAACACUUCUGAUUCCCUCAAACAUCAGUGUUGUUGACUGGUUGUUGACUGAUGAUUUAACCUCCAAGCCACAAGAAGGCAACAAUGCCAUUCGAUUUGUAAAUGGAAUGAAUACAACAGUGAAUGUGUCAACUCCAGCAGCUGACUUUGGACUAAUCGAGUCAUUGUAUUAUUCCAACUACUCCCAGAUAAAAAAUGGAAAGGCCACCUUCACCUUACGGAGUGGUUCACAGUCAUGUGAAUACAGCAGGGACUUUGGAUAUGGAAGUUCAUAUACCUUCCUUAUUCCCAGCACUUUAGUCUUUGGAAGCAAUUGUCAGGAGUCUAUUACUGAAGCAGAAGACAUCAAGCCUAAUUCAGUUCACAUGGCUCUCCAGAUCCCACAGUACUUCUUCAUCACUGCUGGUGAAGUGAUGUUUUCUGUCACUGGUCUGGAGUUCUCCUACUCACAGGCACCUAGUAACAUGAAAUCAGUGCUACAAGCAGGCUGGUUGUUAACCAAUGCUUUUGGCAACUUCAUUGUACUAAUUGUGGCUGAGAUUGCAAAGAUUCCCAAACAGUGGGCAGAGUACGUCCUAUUUGCCUCGCUCUUGUUUGCAGUGUGUAUCAUCUUCUCCAUUAUGGCAUAUUUCUACACCUACAUCAACCCUGCAGAAAUUGAGGCCCAGUUCAAGAAGAAGCUUGAUGAAGAUGAUGAUGAUAAAAGCCAGCUACAGAAGGAAGAGGUCGAGAUGGUCAAGAAAGAGUCAAUUAAAAGUCAUAAAGAUGAUACAGCCAAACAGACCAAAAUGUGA